AAAUUGUUAUUUAUACGUAGAUUUUAUCUAAUAAAAAAAAAACAAUAUUUGUAUGGCAGGAAACGAGCAAGAAAAGGGUCAUCCAUGUCAUCUUUGUAAAGAGUUUUACGCCACUGAACCUAACCUCCAUACAUGUCGGCAUAGGCAUGAAACCUCCACAACACCACCAGGCUUUUGGGAAAUUGAUUUUCCAGGCAGCCCUGAGAUAAGGAAGCAGAAACUUAUGUUCAAUGUAAACGACAAGUUACCUGAUGCUGCAAAACCAAGGUGGAUAAAGGGAAAGGAAGAAGAGAAGCAGCGCCUAUUAAAUUUAGCCAAAGAGUGUAGAAACCGUACUGAUGAGUUAUCUACCUCGAAAACAGAUUCAUCUGAUCAUACGAAUACUGACGAAAUUAUGAUCUCUUCUCCAGCAAAAAAAACAUUUUAUUCUUCAGAGCUCUUCGAAAACACUAAAGAAACAUCAGUGUUAGUUAGUGACUCUUCUGUAUCAUCAGGACCAAACUCAUCGUGUGCAAAUUCUGAAGACAAAACCAAUGUAAGUGAGACAACAGCUGCUGUUAGCGAAACAACAUCAGGUGCUAGUUGUAAUUUCUCUGAAGAUCGGUUGUUGGAAACUGGAGCAGAUGCAGGGAGUGUUGUGAGUGAAGGUAUUGAUGAAUUUGGAUCUACAGGUACUGUUACUUAUGAUUGCAUACUGCAAGGUAACACCAUCACUAUCAUCAAGGAUGCAUCCUCCUCAACAGCUGAUGAUACUGGUCCUGAUGUCAUUAUACAGGAGAUAUCACCAUUGCAUGAUGCUUUUCCAGGACCUCUUUUUAAUGCACAAAAAAUCGAUCCAAUUAUUAAAAACUCGCCCACUGACAGUGUGCAACGAAAGUCCUUUAAGACUGAAAAAAAUAAUAAACUAGCAAAUCGUGAUUGUUCAUUAAGGAAUGUGAAGAAGGGGAGCCGCCUCAAAUCAAAAACAAAAAGAUCUCGCACCUCCUUUACACGCGACGAAGUUGUUGUUUUAUCAGACGAUGACAAUGACAAUAUCUGUGAUGAAAUUGUUGACAUUUCAUCUUCUUCCAGUGAUGACGACUCCAACAAAUGGAAUAAAAAAUGUCAAUAUGGUAUUGCAGAAAAUAAGCAUGCUGAAAAAUCCUUUGUGAAUACUGUGGUUCCAAGUGACAUAACUAAAAGAACUAUUGGAAAUACUGCUGUUCAUCCAUCUAUACUGAAUGCAACAAAAGUUGAGAUUAUAAAAAAGUUGCAAACUAACGUAAGUGCGACACAAAAAGGUUCUGUUAAUGCUGUUUCUAAUAUAAGUGCGGCUCAAAGCACUCCAUUGAAUAAUGUUGAUACUGUACCUAAAGAUUUCCAUUCUGUAACAAAUCCAUGUGUUCCUACAUGCAAAGAUUCAACACUUUCUAAUUUACUGACCACAUCUAGUAUUGCAACUUUUCCCAUGGAUUCUUCGUUAAGUAGUACAGCUUCUGAAUCAAGUUGUGUUUCAUCAAUUAUUAAUACCCCUUCAGUUAGCGGUAUUUCCUUGCAAAACAAAAGUGUAUCCACAACAAACGUUUUGUCGUAUAAUAUUACACUAUUGAAGGAUAGUAGGGUGGUUACCACAGUACCUAGUAUUUCUGGUCCAGGUGACAUUAUGUCCUUAUCAAGCAAUACUUUAAUUACAGCAAAUGCAAAUACAAACAAUGAGAAUUCAAAAAGUGUUGAGGAGAGGAGUAAUGUUAUAUCAAGUGUUUUAUCAGUGUCAUCAGUCGCAAAAGAUGAUGAAGCUAAAUUAAUUGAUAAUCAUGCUAAGGAACUGCAAAGUAAUAUAAAAACUAAUGUUGAUUUACCAUCAGUACUUUCUGACAACAAUGAUUUGAAAUGUGAAGUCCAAGAGAAUGUAAAAACUAGUGGGCUGACACAAAAGAACGAGAAGCAGAAGAACAAGAAACCACCCACAAAAUCAAAGGAUCAUAAGUUGCGAAGUAAUUUUCACUUUGGCACUGCAUCAUUUCUUAGUGAGUUGCUCUCUGAAGUAACACAGAAUAAGAAGAACGUACCAACUGUGAAAGAGCAUGCCAAAAGAGAAGAGACCUGGAAAACAAAUAACAUUAAAAAUAAAACUAUAUCCUGUACUAAUCAGUUUACCUUUAAAGGAAAUACUGAAAAUGGUAAACACGAGAUUAUAAACGAAAUAAGUAAAGAGAAUCGUGAAGAAAAUAUUUCUAUGGCAACAGUUCAAACAAACAAUCUGCAACCUCAUGCACAACGAAAGCUACUAGAAGAAGGUGAAAACAAGAAUGAUCAUUAUGUAAAUGAAGGAAAAAAACAUGACACGGUUGAAGCUCAGCAUUUUGUAAUGAGUGAUCUUAUGAUAGAUGAAAACAAUGAUGAUAUUACUAGUAUACCCAAAAACGAACAGAUAACUAGUGAUACCGAUGUAACGUAUCAAAGUUAUGCUCAAUGCAGCUUUACAGAAACAGAACCAAAACAACUUGCUUUAGCUGUAAAUGAGUUUAACACGUCGCAUGAGAAUUAUCUUCGUGGAUGUACAUGGUCUCCUGAUGGGUGUUCUAUUUUGACGAACAGUAGUGAUAAUAUAUUGCGUUUGUUUACCAUACCUGAUGACAUUGACAAAAACACGGACAACGAAUUGACUGCUUCCCUGAGAAUGAGUGAAGGUGAAACUGUAUAUGAUAUGACAUGGUAUCCGUUUAUGAACUCAGCUGAUCCAGAUACUUGCUGUUUUAUUUCUACAAGUCGAGACCAUCCAAUUCAUCUUUGGGAUGCAUGUACUGGACGUAUCCGUUGCUCUUAUCGCGCCUUUGAUCAGAUGGAUGAGCUUGCAAGUGCAAACAGCAUUGCUUUUAACCUUGACGGAAGUAAGAUUUACUGUGGCUUUAAUAAAGUUGUGAGAGUGUUUGAUUCAGCAAGACCUGGACGAGAUUUUACAGAAAUACACACAGUUGCUAAAAAACAGCCGCACAGAAAAGGACGAAACAGAUUCGCACUUAACAUGAACCAAUCAGGAAUUAUUUCAUCCAUUGGUUUUUCUAGAGAGUACAACGGUUUGUUUGCUCUGGGUUCAUUUUCAAAAUCAAUCGGUUUGUAUUCUACGAGUGAUAACAAGUUGUUGCAUAUUUUAAACGCUGAUGUAGAUGGUCACCUUGGUGGGAUCACUCAAGUAAAAUUUACAGAUGAUGGUUUAUACCUAUUUAGUGGUGGAAGAAAGGACACUGAACUUAUUUGUUGGGAUAUGAGGAACACGACGAUGCCUUUGUUUAAACUCCUUCGUGCAGUCAAUACAAAUCAAAGAAUACAAUUUGAUAUAGACAGAUGUGGUUGUCACGUUGUGAGCGGUGAUAGCAACAAUGUGAUAAAUGUAUGGGAUUUGAACGACAUUUUCGACAAUAUCACCGAUGACGUAAUAUCUCAUCAACCUACUCAUCAAUAUGUUGCUCAUGAAGAUGCAGUCAAUGCUGCGAGCUUACACCCAACUAAAUCUCUGCUGGCUACAACAUCUGGUCAACGUCAUUUUAUCGUCGACGAUUCUGAUUCAGAUUCUAUGGAAACAGACAAUAAAACUAUACAUAAUUUUGAUAAUUCAUUAAGAAUUUGGAGCAUUUAGUAUUUUUUAGUUUAAGAAAAGAGAAAACUUUUUCUUUUGUGUUUUAA